UGUUACGCGAUUAAAGUACAAGGAACGUAAUAAAUCGGUGUCUCCAAGGAAAUAUUAUUGAUGUCUUGAUAGAAAUUGCAAUUUUCGAAGAAUGAACGACAGUGGGCUGGAGAUACUAUCUGGAUUUAUUACGUUCUGUGUUAUAGAAUACAACUAGAAAAUGUUAACAAAACAAGUUCAUCUCCCUACAAACGUUCGUGGCCAUGGAUACUAAAGAUUUAAGAACGGAAUCAACACUCGCAUGUAUCAACGAUGGUAGUACUACAUUCAACCAGGAUAGCAGUACGCUACACUCAAAUAAACUUUAUCAGGAUAUUGGAUCGAACUCAUUGGGCAAAGUGGAGGCACAGACGAUACGGCCGUGCGCUAUUAUUGGACCGGACCGUGUAUUACCGCCGCCCACCACCUCUGAUGUUUAUCUAAAAAAGGCCCCAGUGGAACCAUGGCCAUGCAAUGACAAUAUUUAUCGACAAUCUGAUAUAGGACAUAAAUUACCAGAAUAUGAGCCAUCAAGAAACAUAUCACCACGACAGACAUUUCAAGAGAACAUGCCACGGAUCAUGGUACCCUCACAUAAUCCAUUAAAAGAUAAUGCUAAUUUAAAAACUUCAAAACCAGAUGUUUCAUCAGAAGUUAAGUAUUGUGAUGUGCCUUAUGCUAUAAAUUCUGUUAUGAAUAGUCAUCAAAGUAUUAGGACUUCAGAGUUACCCAAUGCAAGUUCAAACCUAUGGAGAAAUAAUCCACCAUAUGCAUGGAAUGGUAGUGUUGCAUCAAGACCUCGACCAUAUGGGCCAGAGUUUUAUCAGUAUUCUGAUUAUGUGCGCCCCAGACCAAUGCUAAGGCCACAUCAUAGUAUUCAAGAUGAUCCUGCUCAACCUAACUCCGAUCAUCACUAUCAAGAGGCAAAUGUUCGCUACAAGCCAUAUUCAAAGGAAAGGUGUCCACCAACCAGGUAUAAUUAUGUCAAUAAUUUUCAUAAUGCAUUUCCACCUUCAACACCAUUUCCACCUCAUAAUAUGAAGUAUGAUAGCGUACAGAAAGGUAUUCCUCACACUUACAUGUACCAACAGAUUCCUGUCAGGAGAAUGCCUGAUCCAAAUAUAGAUUCAUACCAAAGAUGUAACCAACAAAACUAUAAUUUAUAUAAUCAAUACAUUCCUCCUCAAUAUGGACCAGUACCUGGUAGCUGUAUACAAAAUAAGUUAUAUAAUUAUCCACCUGAAAUAGCCAGUAAGCCACCAAUACAAAACAAAUUACCUUAUGAUGUCAAUAGUAAACCUUAUUUUGAAUAUGAUGGAAGUAAGCGUCAAAUGUACCUCCCUCUUGACAAUGUUUAUUGCAAUGACCCAAAUAGGCCUCCAGUUGUGAAAAGUGAUAUGCCACUACCUGUACACCCUGGUGUUAAUAAUCAUCAUCAUUUGCCUCAUAAUCAACACAGAAAAGAUAUUUUUAUGAAAAACUUUGAUAAUAUUCCCAAUUAUAGAGUUAUAGACCCAACAUACCAUUUGAAUAAUUCUCUACCACGACAUCCAUUACAGUAUUCACCCUCUGCUAUAGCUAUGUCCCCAGUAGAUUCUAAUGAAGCAUUACAGUCACUAGGUAUGUUACAAGAAGAUUGUGGUUAUAUAAGCCAAUCUUCAACUGCUAGUGGUAGAAGCAUUGAUUCAGGCAACUAUAGGCUGCAACCGGACCACUAUAAGAGGCUUGAAUAUAUGUAUAACUCUUCAGUUAAACAUUAUACACACCAUGUGACUGCAGAACACGUUAAUACUAAGAAAUCUGACCCUGACAAAAAAAGUCUUGAUGUUAGGCAGUUUUUGCAAAUGUGGAAUGAAAGUGAAGAUGAAGUUAUAGAAAAUAUAAGUGUACCACCUAAUACCAAUAAUAGUUCAAACUCAGAAACUAUCAGUAAUCAAGAACAACUGUAUGUUCUUGGUUUGGUGAACAUACCAAAUGAAGAGUUACCCAAAUACGAACACAUUCAAAAAAUUUCUAAGUUGCCAGAAAAUAUAAAAGGUUACAAUAGUAUUGAAUUGCUUGAUCAAUAUGAACAGCUUGUAGAAUCACCAGCUGUAAGGCACAGCAACAAAACAAUAAAUAAUCAUCCAUUUUCACCAAAGAAUUUAAUCAAACAGUCUGUAAGUAUACCUCGUCCACUAUCACCUCUAGAUGUUGAAGCUAAAAUAAGCCAAUCAGUAAUUCACAAAGAUGUCGGAUGUAACUUUGAAAUUAAACCAUGUAGUCCUAAGAUGUUGAAUGUCGAAGUAGCAACACCUGUACAAAAUAUUUUUGAUGAGAGGGCAAUUGAAAAGGUUAUUAAUUUAGGUAUAACAAAUUCUCCUAUGUUAACUGACCAAAUUCAAAACAAGCCAUAUACCAAUGCUAACUCUCCAAAAGCAGCAACAAGCUGUAAAAUGAAUUCACCAUAUUUGUCAAAUAAUGAUUUAAUAAAAACGAAUAAUUACACCCUGACAGACCUAGAAAGUAAUUCUGGUGUGUGUCUUGCUUCUUUACCAAGAUUAGAUAGUGACAUAGAAUUGAAUUUUCCUGAGAUAAAUCAACAAUUUAUAGAUGCUAAUAUAAAUAACUCUGUGAAUAAAUCAGAUUUAUCAAAUGGUAAUAGGCAGUGUCUGAAUUAUAGUCUUAAUAAUGAUAACAUGACAUCAGAUACCAAAAUAUUAACAACAGUGAGUAGUGAAAAAGAAAUGGUUAAAUUAAGUAAAUUUAGAAAACUUAAAACAACUGAACCUAUAUUAAAAGAAAUUGAGCCAAGUAUUGCAAUAAAUAGAACAGAUAGUGUUAUCAUAAAAAAUCCAGAAAAUAUUAAACCACAUAGUGAAUUAUUUUCUGAAAAAAUGAUUAGAGAUGAUAGCCUAGAAACUUUUGACAGUCCAAAUUUUGACGUACAAAAACCACCACAUUUUAUUUGUGAAGUUGAUAAAGAAGAAACGGUAUCUUACAGUGUUAAUAAAGCAAUUGAUUAUAGACUUCCUAAACCUAGAGAAACUUUGGACAAAGUAAAUCUAAACUCCCCUGUCAACAAUACAAUUAUGAACUCAGAUGAAGACAAAAUUAUGUUGUUUGAUAAUAACUAUUUGGAAAGCCAGUCAUGUAAUUUGCUGUUUAGUGCUGUAAAACAAAAAAAUACUGAAAAUUCAAUAUUGGAUAUUGAUGGCACAAAAAACCACGGCCUUGAGAAAAACUACGUAGUGUCAGAUUGUACCGAUAAGCAAUCAUUACAAAAUGAAGAGCUAGAUGAAGGAUCUUCUAAAAUGUCCGUUAAUUUAAAUUGCGAUACAGACGAACUUUUUAAUAAUUCUAAAAUAGAAACUCUUCACGCUGAUUCUCUGCAUUCUACGGAAAAAAUUACCAAUGUUUUGAAUGAAGCUUUGACUGAAAAGAAUAAUGACCUAGCAAGCAAUGUUAACAACGAAGAAAAGAAAUGUAACGCAGAUUUAACAGAAAAUAGUGACGACAAAAUUGUAAUGCAAAGGGAGUAUAACACGUGUAUGACCAAAGAGGAAUCAAGCUUAAAAGAAUUGAAUAACACAAACACCAACGAUAACGUAAGCGCCGAAUCAAUGAAACACAAUAAAAAUGUGGAUACCGAAAUAAAUACUUCGAAUAGUAUAAGCAUAGACAAUAAACAGUCUCAUUUAAUAAAGCCUGACGAUUGUAACAAAAUUCAUGACUUGAGUAUUGGAAAACCCCAACAUGAAAAUUUAAUUAUUGAAAGCAUAUCAAAUCUAAAUACUAAAAAUUUAAGUAGUGUUGAUACUUUAAUGGAUGACAUUAGCACUAAAGAAAAAGAAGUUGAGGAAAUAAGAAAUAACAUUAACUUGAAUGAAAAAUGUGAUGAUAUAAAUCUGAACGUAAACAAUAGUUUAGUACACAACUUAUACACAAAUGAAACUAAUCUGAUUGUUACAAGCAAUGAUAAAGCAGAUAAAUCAGAGUAUCAAAUUGAAAAUAACAUAAUAGAUAAUGUUAGUUUAGAGAAUACCUUAACAGUUCGCUCAAAUGAUCCGGCGAAGAAUGAAACAAUAAAAAAAACUGUUGACAGAAUUUCACAGCCAAAUACAGCUGAAAGUCAAUAUCAAUCGGAAUAUGGAGGAAGAGAUGUGGAAGAAAAAAUCAUUACUGAAAGUUUAAAAAACAUUUCUAUGUUAGAUACAAUGAAACCCGACGAAUCUGUUCAACUUCAUAUGGUAUCCAAUUUAUCAGAAAUUGACGACCAAAGUGAGGAUAAUAAUCUUAAAAUAACUGAAGUAAAUUUUAAAGAAGUUCAUUGCGAAUUAAAUGAUGAAAUAAGAUUUGAAUAUAACAUAGAAUUAAAACAGACAAUGGAAAAUAAAAGCCAAGAGAAAAGCUUUUAUAGUGAAUAUGUGGAGGAAAAAGCAAUUAGCUGUUCAGAUAUUGACAAUUUGAUAAAUAAAAACAAUGAAACUCUUGAUAAUAGCACACAGCCUAGUGCCAAUAAAAAUAAUUCUGAAGAAAUUAAUGAAAUUAGUAUGAUAAACAAAAUACCAGCAAUUUACUCUUCCCGCCAGGUUCAUUAUAAUAUUACUUUAAAAAAGUUGGCUUACGAAGCUGUAAUCAUUUCUAAUAAAUAUAUAAAUGAAUUCCUAGAUCAUGAAAGAGAACAUUCGGCAAGAAAUAUAAGCCAUACUGCAAGCAAACAAUAUUUGGAAAGUAUUGGUAACCUAAAUGAAGACAACUAUUUAAUCGUAAAUGACUCACAGAGUAAAGCUAAUCAAAUAAAACUAAGCAUCGAAAAAAUAUUACAUAUCAAAAAUAAAGAUAGUUUCGGUGAAAAAUCUAAAAUGAUUUUACAAUCUUCUUUUCAUAAGCAGGAAUUUUCACCUUUCAUUCAAAAUCUAUGCAUGUACCAUGAAGGGCUAUGUAGCGAAAAAGUUAAUGGAAAUUUAAGAGAGUUAGAGAGAAAUAAGAAUACAUAUGAAAUGGUUCCUUCGAUCACUAAUUAUCAAAAAAGAUGCGAUUCCACAAGUUGUGUUCAAGACAAACCUGUUCCAGCGAUAACCGAUAAGAUUGAAAUAUGUAAGACUUUAACUACGUGCAUUCAUGAUCAAAAUAUAGAAAUGAUUGGUGAAAUAUGUUCAUACAGUUCAAUUUAUAAUCCACCCAUUCCUAACAAAUCAAUUGACAAUAUUGAUAAAAAGACGACACUUGAAAGUCAGUUUAAUCGCAGAUCAUUAAAAAGAUCGUUAUCAGAUUCUGCAUUGGAACUAUCUAAUGAUAAUACAUCUAAGGAUUUUAACAAAAUAACGCCCAAUAAGCGACGGAAGAUUAUGAUAGAAGAUAGUUUAUUACAUUCAAAUGUUGCUGACGAGGAUUUUUCUAACCUUAUUAAUAGGAGAAACUCUAUGUCUGCAGUUUAUAGUGAUGAAAACUUUUUUAUUUUAAUAAAUGACAAUUGUGUGCUAGAAGGUGAAAGCGAUAUGUCCAACAUUUGCUAUACACAGUUGCCAAUUGAACUCUGCAAUGUGCCAGAGAAUUGUCUUGAACAUUUAGUAUACAGUGCAUCAGAAAAAAAAUGCGUCGAAGAACAAGAAAUGGUACAUAAUAAAAAUCAAAAUGUUGAACUCAUAAAUUUUCCGGAAAAGGCUAUUAUAGAACCAUGGGUGGAUGAUGUCGCUUGUAUAGAGGAUGUUGCUUGUGUGGAAACCGUAUUUAAUGAUGACGUUGCUGAAGAUGUAACAAUCAGUGCUCGCGUAACACCAAAUCGCAAUGACUUAAAUGAAGAUAGUACGUAUAACGAUGAUGAGAGGGAACAUAUAACAAGAAUAAAAGAUAUUUAUGGUUAUAGUAUGUGCACUAAUGAUGCUCAAUUAGUAGAAACAUUAUACAAAACUCCACAAAUGGAUGUCAGCAAAACACUUGUAGAAAUUGAAUCUCAAAAUUUUAAUGAAGAAACAAAACAUACAUUUUUUGAUGAAGAAGAUAACAAAGUCGAGGAAAAGGAAAAUCACUUAAAUUUAGACAGUCAUGAAACCUCUGAUGAUGAAUUACUUGAAAAAAAUAGUAUUUUUUCAAACAAAACGACUGUAGAUUGUAUGAGUCAAACAUAUUAUGAAGAAGAUGAAAACAACAAACUAGGUAAUGAUAUUUGUACACAGACUAGAGACUUGCCUCAUUCAGACUUUUCACGUGAGUAUGUCGGUAAUAAUAAAUUUGUAGAUGAGAAGGAAUAUCAUUUAAUAUUGUCUAAUAAUCAUGAAUAUGAAGAAAUUAUCCCAAAAAAAAUAUUUAAUAGUUCUACUACACAUGUUGCUAGAGACAGCAAUGAUUGUGUUAUAGAUUCAUACGCGGGAGUUAAAACUUUGACUAGCAUUGAAAGUGACGAUUAUCAAUGUUUAAAUGGACUGCCCAGUUCUCCCGAAGUAUCCUCAACAACUCCUGAGGAAAAAUCUUCUAGUCUAAUGUUGAACAUUCACAACAUCGAUUAUAAUGGCUCAGGUGUCUCAAAUAUUAGUAACUUUCCAAACAAUAAUAGUAAAUUAAGUUAUAAAUUAACAGAGAAGACAGAUUAUACCACUAAUUGCCGUCCACUCAUAACCAAAGCAGCACAAAAAUAUAUACCCCCCCUAAAAAUUACUAAUGGAGUAAAAGUUAAGCUGCCUUUACCCCAACACAGUUUAAACAAACUAAAACAGUUAAAAAUAAUAAAAGAUGAAUCUAAAAGCGAAAGAUCAAGGCAGCAUGUUAACAAUAAUUAUCGACAUGCAGUCCCUAAAAAAGUGAAACCUAAAUUUGAAGAUGUCCUUAAAAGUAUAGACGAAAUUCAAUUUAAAAAGCACAAAGACAACAUAAAAAAAACAAAGCACAUCCCCAAAGUAGUUAUUAAAAAGAGUAAAAGUGGUUCACAUUACGCAAGCACACCGACCAGAUCUUGUUCCUAUAAUCCAGACUUGACAGGAAGAAAAUGGCAACCUUGGGUGUUUAUUGAAAGAAAUGAGUUUGUGGAUAAGAUGGCACUCAGAAAUAAAGCUAAAGCUGUUUAUUGUCAUAGAAGGAAACUGUAUGUUUUAGCUGAAAAGUUUAAUAAAUACAAGUCUAUUUGUACAGCAAAAUUUGUUAUAUCACAACCAGACCCUAACAGUUUGUCAUCAGGUAAUUUAAAAUACACAAUUAAGCUGAAACAUAAUUAUUAAAACAUAUUUUGUAUCAGCACUGUGGGACUGUUAUUUUAAGUUCUAGAUAUUUGUUCCACUUAGAAUCCCACCAUAGAAUGGUCUCACUUAAACAUUCCUUGUAAUAUAAUAACUUGUAUUGUAGUUACCCCUAAUUAAAUAAUAAUAGAUGUAGUUUGUUUAAAGCCAAAAUCAAAAUUAUGUGAUGAAGUAAAUCAAAGACGCAGUUAGUUUUAGAAAAGAAAUAAUCGAGAUCUGUAAUUUGUUAUAUAAUUUUAGAAUUUAUUUAAUUUUGUUUUGAAAUGUUUAAUUUUAUUAAAGAUAUUUAUAUAUUUUUAAUAAAUUAUUACAGACUAUUUAUAUAUUAUGUUGUUGCACCCAUGCACUAUCUAAAUAUAGCUAAAAACAGGCCAUAGCCAUAUAAUAUCAUAUAUUAGCCCUAAAAAUAAACAUUAAAUGUUAGUUAUAAAAAGUAUUAAAUAUGUUUGAGGAGAUGUUAUUGUUAAUUUGGAUGAUAUUAAUAUGGAAAUUUUGAUAUUGUAAAAUGUGUUUUCGUCAAAUUUAUUUAAUGGUGUAUAUAACAUAGUUUGUUAGUUAGUUAUUAUUGCCAUCUAUGAUGGUGUAUGUUGCUCACAUAUUUUCAUAGAUAAGAAUGUACCAUUAGUUUAAAGGUUUGAAGUACAAAUUUCUUUUUUUGAAUUGGUAUUUGACAUUUGCUUUUUCUUUAAUAACCUGUUAUGUAAUUACAUGAACACAAUUGGCAUAAAUACCUUCAUCACUUGGAAGCAUAACAUAAAUUAGGUUUAUAUUUGAUCAUCACUAUAAGUUAUUUAUUAUAUAAAGCUGUAACUCACUGUGUGCCUCAUAACUGUUGCUUUAUAUUAAACAUCAUAUAAUAUAAUAUAUUGUUAAUUUUUUUGUUAAUAUCUCAAUUUAUUUCCCAGCAUUUAAUAGUUUAUCGUUGGUAUGAUGAAGUGCCUUUAAAGCUGUUUCUAUUAGUGCAAUUUAGGUUAUAGUAAUAACAAAAUACUUAGUCUCAUGUGAAGCUGUAAAACUUUUAACUAUUUUUAUACUGUGCAGUCAUUGUAUUAAUAUACUAGUUUGACUACAUGUCUUACAAUUCGUGUCAAAGGAACAUUACUUGUGUUUAUGGCAGGCAACUUGUCUUCUGAAUUGUGAAAAAGUUGAGUCUAUGUCUUAUCACUCAUUUUGAAGUUUGCCCGCUUCUUGCCUUAUGAUUACUAUAACCUAAAAUUAUAAGUAAGAUUUUGUAUAUAUUGGUAUAUUUUGUAUAAGAUGUUUUAAGAAAUCUUUAUACGAGGACUAGUUAAUUGAAUAUAUCAUGCUAUCUUUACACUGUUAUUUUGCUGUAAACUUUUAAGUAACAUUCCAUUCCCUGGUAUUUCCUGAUCUCAGCCGGGCAUUCUCUAUGAGCACUACGUGCCUAACAUUUAUAUAAAUAUAUUUAUGACAUAUUAAUAAUAAUAUAUUUUGUAUGUAAUAUACAGGGUGUUAAAACAUACCAAAUAUUGUGCUUUUAUGUACCUAUGUUGCCUUGUAGAUAAGUGUAAUAUUAAUAUAUAAGGAAAUUAUAUUAUCUGUAAUAUAUUGUUUGAGCGAUAACAGAGUGUUUAUUUAUUAAUGUAAUGAUAUAUAAUGCUGUGACACAUGAUUUUGUUAAGGUGGUUAUUUAACUAUUUAGUUAAUGUGUUAAGUAACUAGUAAAUUAGGGUACAAAUGUAUAAGUGAUUUUUUUACAUCAAUAAUAAUUUAUUAGUGUAAUGAGGCUACACAGAAAUAAUUGAUUGACCCAUCUUUACAGAUAUUAAGUGUAUAUCAUAAAUGAUUAUAAUAUUUAUUUGUAAUACGCAUUGCAUACAGCACCACAGAGUGUAUUGUUGGUAUUUGGUGCACAGUUGGAUAAUUUGAUUGAUGUGAUGUGGUUGGAGCACAGUUCGGUUAAAAGGGUUUUUGGAAUUAGUUAACUUUAGUGUUAAAGAUGAGUUUUGUUUAUUAAUGUUAUAUCCAUAUUUUAAUGUUCGUAUCGCACGUGAUAGUGUAUCGUGAUAAACGUAAAUAUUACUAAGGGCACUCUGUAUCUACUGACUGUAGGGAGGAGUUUAGUUAAGAGGAUUAUAUUGUUUAGUUAUAAAGAGUUUUGAAAAAUGUUUUAAAAUUGACCAAAUAAAUGUGUUCUCAAUAAAAA